CGCGCGGAGAGAGGAAGCAGCUGUGCUGUGCAGGCUAGGUGCUGUCGCGCGGACCGGCACGUCGAGGCUGCCAGUGCUCGCUGCGCACACGACCCUCGUUGCCCGCCGCUAUGCCCUCCUAUACCGUCACUGUGGCCACCGGCAGCCAGUGGUUUGCGGGCACCGACGACUAUAUCUACCUUAGCCUCGUGGGCUCCGCGGGCUGCAGCGAGAAGCACCUGCUGGACAAGCCUUUCUACAAUGACUUCGAGCGCGGCGCGGUUGAUUCUUACGAUGUGACAGUGGAUGAAGAACUGGGCGACAUCCAGCUCAUCAAAAUCGAGAAGCGCAAGUACUGGCUUCAUGAUGACUGGUACUUAAAGUACAUCACGCUGAAGACUCCCUGCGGGGACUACAUCGAGUUCCCCUGCUACCGCUGGAUCUCGGGCGAGGGUGAGAUUGUCCUGAGAGAUGGCCGAGCAAAGUUGGCCUGCGAUGACCAGAUUCACGUUCUCAAGCAGCACAGACGUAAAGAACUGGAAACACGGCAAAAACAGUAUCGAUGGAUGGAGUGGAACCCUGGCUUCCCCUUGAGUAUCGAUGCCAAAUGCCACAGGGAUUUACCCCGAGAUAUCCAGUUUGAUAGUGAGAAAGGAGUGGACUUUGUUCUGAACUACUCAAAAGCGAUGGAGAACCUGUUCAUCAACCGCUUUAUGCACAUGUUCCAGUCUUCCUGGAGCGACUUUGCCGACUUUGAGAAAAUCUUCGUCAAGAUCAGCAACACUAUCUCUGAGCGGGUUAUGAAUCAUUGGCAGGAAGACUUCAUGUUUGGCUACCAGUUCCUGAACGGCUGCAACCCCGUGUUGAUCCGGCGCUGCACGAAGCUGCCCAAGAAGCUCCCGGUGACCACAGCCAUGGUGGAGUGCAGCCUGGAGCGACAGCUCACCCUGGAGCAGGAGGUUGAGCAAGGGAACAUUUUCAUCGUGGACUUUGAGCUGCUGGAUGGCAUCGAUGCCAAUAAAACAGACCCCUGCACUCUGCAGUUCCUGGCCGCGCCGGUCUGCUUGCUGUACAAGAAUCUGGCCAAUAAGAUUGUUCCCAUCGCCAUCCAGCUCAACCAGGUCCCAGGAGAUGAGAACCCUAUUUUCCUCCCUUCGGAUGCAAAGUAUGACUGGCUUCUGGCCAAAAUCUGGGUCCGCUCCAGUGACUUCCACGUCCACCAGACCAUCACUCACCUUCUGCGCACACAUCUGGUGUCUGAGGUUUUUGGUAUCGCCAUGUACCGCCAGCUGCCUGCUGUGCACCCCAUUUUCAAGCUCCUGGUGGCACACGUGCGGUUCACCAUCGCCAUCAACACCAAGGCCCGGGAGCAGCUCAUCUGCGAGUACGGCCUCUUUGACAAGGCCAAUGCCACAGGAGGUGGUGGGCACGUGCAGAUGGUGCAGAGGGCCAUGCAGGACCUGACCUAUGCCUCCCUGUGCUUCCCUGAGAACAUCAAGGCCCGGGGCAUGGACAGCAAAGAAGACAUUCCCACCUACUUCUACCGGGACGACGGGCUGCUGGUGUGGGAGGCCAUCAAGAAGUUCACGGCUGAGGUGGUGGAUAUCUACUAUGAGAGCGACAAGGUGGUGGAGGAUGACCAGGAGCUGCAGGACUUCGUGAACGACGUUUACGUGUAUGGCAUGAGGGGCAAGAAGGCCUCAGGCUUCCCCAAGUCCAUCAAGACCAAAGAGAAGCUGACUGAGUACCUGACCGUGGUGAUCUUCACGGCCUCAGCCCAGCACGCGGCCGUGAAUUUUGGCCAGUACGACUGGUGCUCCUGGAUCCCCAAUGCGCCCCCAACCAUGCGUGCCCCGCCACCAACGGCCAAGGGUGUGGUCACCAUCGAGCAGAUCGUGGACGCGCUGCCGGACCGUGGCCGCUCCUGCUGGCAUCUGGGCGCCGUGUGGGCGCUGAGCCAGUUCCAGGACAACGAGCUGUUCCUGGGCAUGUACCCAGAGGAGCAUUUCACCGAGAAGCCUGUAAAGGAGGCCAUGGCCCGAUUCCGUAAGAACCUCAAUGCCAUCGUCAGCGUGAUCGCCGAGCGCAACAAGGACAAGAAGCUGCCGUACUACUACUUGUCCCCAGACCGGAUUCCCAACAGCGUGGCCAUCUGAGUGGCCGCCUGAGCCAGUCUCACUCCAGGGCAGCCUGCUGUUGGAGGCUGCUCUGAGCACCCUGACUCCAGCUCUCCAGGUGGGCGGGAAAGACCUUAGGAUUCCUGGGGAUUCCGCCUGCAGGCCCAGGGCUACUGGCUUCAAACCAAAGGUUUCCCAGGUUGGACCAUGCUAGAGCUAAGCUUUGGUGUAUUUCCCUGUUUGUUCCUCCAUCUUUAGCGAAUCCCAUACUUUGAUCAAUGUGUAUAAACACUGCAGGGGCCUUUUCUACACAGAGCAGGACUGUGUGGCUCCAGCCCAACACCCAGCUCAGCGCUUCCGCAGGUAGCAAGAGCAGAUCAGCAUAACUGAUAGACGUUUGUUCUUGCUGGAAAUGGGAUGAUUAUUUUCUGUCCUAUUUAUGUUCAGUCCAAUUUCUUGCAUAUAGUAGGUGCCCAAAUAAAUUCUUGUUGAAUGAA